CAUAUUGGUAUUGUCAAAAACUUCGGAAUAAAUCGGUGUAGAUAUAAAAUGGUUUUUUGUCUCCGGUUUACAGAUUUCUUUUCAAACAAGUGAUUAGAAACGAAGAACAGUGACUUUAGAUGUUUCGUUUAUCGUGUAAUUUGUGUUUAUUUGACCGUGAACGAUGUUUUCUGUGGAGAAAUGCUUAGGGCGCAACGGGACUGGUAUUGCCGAGGAAUCGGAGCUGUUUGCCGGCGGCGGCGAAGGCAAUGGCAAGGAGGGUGUGCCCACGGACGAAGUGGCAUCUGCUGUAGCGGCAGUGUCUGAUGAGAUAGGUGACAUCUUGAAAGACGAGUUGGGUGAUGCCGAUCGCGCGGACCGCAUAGGCGCGGAGCUUGCAGACCUUAGCGCCGAGCUCGGGCUCCUCGCCGGUCUUGCAGACGAGCCUCAGCAGGACUUCCCCUCCCUCUACGAAAUAGCUCUGAUGGGCCAUCGUGGUUCCGGCAGUGGGUCCUCGUCAUCAUCAUGGUCUUGCAGCAGAGGCAGACAGAGAGCCCCCACGAGGCCGCAACGCUUACCAAGGCGCCGACCCAUAGCUAAAGGCAAAGAGAUGUCGCGUCGCCGCAGCGAAGCGGCGCGCCGCGCGGCUGGCGUGAGGCGGCGCGGCGCCGACCCCGCCUCAGACGCGUCCGACGUCGGCGCCGACUCGGACUCCGACGAUCAAUGGACAGAACUAGAAGAUGCAUGUUCAUCAGACAGUUCAUCUGUUGCAGAAUCACAUCCCACUAAUAUUGAUUUAGAGUACAAAGAAGGGGUGGAGGCACCAGCGCUGGGGCAGUAUCUGCUUCCACUGCUGAGCGAGCAGGUCUCAUCAGCGAACAAUGCCCCUGAGCGAUUCCUGAUUAGACACGAGGAUAUAUUGCAGUUGCUGGCUUCAGCGGAGGAGAACGCCCGCGACAGCAAUCCUUUAGCUGACGAAGUUCCCUUGCAGCCUCAUCAUGCUCUGUCUCACAUGGAUUCGUUUGAGUUCGAGGAGCCGCCGGUGUCCCCUGAUGAGGAAGCCGCCCUGCUUCACUAUAUAUGCGUUCGCGCUGACAUUGCAGAAGCGGAAACGGAUGUAGCGGUGCGCGAGUUCGAGCCGGUCCCGGAAUGGCUGCUCGGGGUCUACCACUCCUGGUGCGAGAUCAGCGCCCUGGUCUACACGCUCAUCGGUGCUGACAUGUCCGUGGAGCGAGUGUCUGAGGACUGGGUGUACCGCGCGAGGUUCGGGUGUCACUGCCGCCUGUGCCUCUGCACGGCCAACAACAGCGCCGCCCUGGCAGUCUUCAUACGAGACCUGGUCUGGUCGCUGGCGCACGGUGGAUUGAGCGCUGCUGCGGUCGGCGUGGUCAGGUCGCUGGGCGUGCAAGCGGGACAGACCACGUGCCAUCUCGCUCACUGGGACCUGCCCAGACUGAGGGCCGUCCUCAUGUCCCACGAGGACGCCGGAGCUACCAUUGUGUACGAGCAGUUGAUACGUUUGGCAAAGGAGAGCAAGACAACAGAACAGAUAGUCGACAAGAUAUGUCUGUGUCGAAGCUACGAUCAGCCAAUGGACAAAGAACAUGCAGUGGAUCGUUUCUGUAAGAUAUUAGAAAAUUUUAAAAUAGCAUCCACGAUUGCGUUCAAGGUGGAGGUGCUGGGCAGCGGCGGGUGGGUGCGGGGGGCGCGGGCCCGCUUGGCGCGCUACCUGGCGCCGCACCAGCGAGCCGCCGCCGCCGCGCGACUCCAGCACAUGGCCGCCACCACCAAGCCCAAAGACCUAAGCGCUUGGGCCAGUUAUAAACACAAGUGUGACUGCCUAACGCCAAGGACGCUCUGUGCUCAGCAAAGGAAACAGUUGCUCAAAAUAUCGUUUUUUGGAAUGAUGCAGGCUGUCGACGAGGCGAGCAACGAAAAGGAUAAUGUUGAAGUUUUAGAGACACCAAAGGAGGUUCCGCCUGAGACGGGAGGCGGGGAAGUGCAGAACGAAGACGUCAUCGAAGUCAAGUCGCCCGGUGACGUGGACGCGAGGCACUCGGAGAAGGAGUACGAAGCGGAACGCAGCGACUCGAAUAUGAUCGAUUUAGACGAUAGUUCAUUUCUGACUGUAACGGAUUCGGACGCGAACUCUGGGACCGCGUCGCUGGGGCUCUCCACCUCGUCGUCGCUGGACUCCGCCUCGGAGCUGCUGCUGGCCGCCGCCGCCGCCGUGGAGUCCGGCGGCUCGGAGGGCGAAGCGCCCGGCGAGCUGUGCCGCACCGUCAGGCACCUGAUGCGGUCGAUAGCCUCUAUAGAGAGGCUGAUGGAUCGGGUGCUGAAGCACUGCGACGAGUGGCCGGCGCCGCCCAGCAGGAGCGACCAGGAGGCCAGGAAGCGAGUUGACCUGGGCCUCUCCGAGGUCGACCGGAAGCUGAUGGCCAUGUACCGAAGGCUGCCCGAGGUGCAUCGGAGACAGCUGCAGGUGUACAGGAAGCAGAAAAAACUAUCGACGGUGUGCAUGCAGCUGGUGGGAGGCCGCGCGCCCGCGCCCCCCGCGCCCUGCUCGCCCCCGCCCUCCCCCACCAACACCAGCACCGGCACCGCCAGCCGCGCGCUCUGCCCCGAGUACCAUCUGCAAAGGUUCAAAGAGGUCCGACGGAAAGUGAUGCACAUGCGGGAUCAGCAGCUUUACUACCACCGGCUGAGGAUGUGGUUGGAGGACCAGCUCAAACAGGAGAAGGGGAGUCUACCAGAGAACAACGUGACGCUGCUAGAGGAGGUGCCCCGCCGCAAGCGCCGCCCGGCCAGCCCCCGGCUGCCGCGCCUGGCCACCGCGCCGAAACGCAAACUGAAGCCGAUCUCGCCAUCAAUCACGAAACCGAAUAAAAUACUCCACAUGCUGAAGCACAAAAGUCCGCGCGCAAUGGAACUCAAAAACGACGACGACAAAGCCACCAAGCCGGGAGCCGAGCCGCCCGACGCGUGCCCGCUCGAGAGAGAGGAGAACACCGACACCGAGACGGUUGUAGGCGAGAAGGAGACGGAGCUCUGCAAGGACAUGAAGGAGUGCCUGGCCAAGUUCGCCAAUUUCGCCCUUAACGAUAAGGAAGCAGAGGUCAAGUUCCCCGAGUCGGUCAGCCCGCCGCUGCAGGAACCGUCGCCCACCUCGGCAGGCCCCAUGCCGGUGUUCUCCUCGAAGUCGACCCAGAGGCUGCUGCCGGUCAAUAAGUUUCUGCAGAAAAAUGAGAUUAAAGAGGACGUUGCCAACGAGAGCGCUGCGGAUGUAAAGCCUCCUCCGACCGCACAGGACGUGGACGUAGCUCAGGCCGAGCCCAAACAGGACGCGGACAAAGGCGAGAGGAAAUAUGGAAGCUUUGGUCAGGAAAUCAAGAAGGCCAUGGAGGAAUGUCAGAAUAUAAUAGACUCCUACACGGGCACCGAGAAUGAUCCCGGCAACGAUAAUGUGUCCUUGGAGAAAAUGUGCGAGGUCAUGCUGAGGCUGAACGAUGAGCCGGCGGGCGGCCCCGGCGAGGAUCCCGGCGCCCACAACGCGAGGCUCGUCCAGCUGGUCGAGAGCAUGCCGCAAAUAUUGGCCAACACACCGGCAAUAGCCUGCCAACUGUCUGAGUUCACGAACUCGCCCUUCGAGAUACCCGGCCUGGCCUCCAUAGUCAGCAGCCUGCCGGAGCUGGGCAGCGACGCUCAGCUGACGCCGGAGACGCUCAAGCAGAUACGCGAAUUGAAAUUGAACAAGAUAAGGGACAGCGUCAAGGUCACAAAGAACACCGCCAAGCGCAAGACCACGCGUCGACUCCGGAGCGAUGACGUCAGCACCCUCACCGUCGAGCUGGACGGCCGCGACAUCACGCAGCUGCUCAAGGACGAGGGCGGCGUCGCCUGCCUCAAGCGCGGCGGCAGGGACGACUACAAGGAGAUGCUGCUGUCGGUCUCCGCACAGUUCGUCGCCAAUAAUGUCUUCGAAUUCGACAGCAAACAGAACAAGAGCCCCGAACCGUCCAGGGGCCUGGAGGAGAGCAGGGACCUGCUCUCGCUCCAGAAGAAGUACUUCAAUUCGGAGAUGCCGGCGGAAGCUACGGUGCCGUUUGGGAAUUCAGUCAAGGAGGCGCUCAGCAUGGACGAGCUCAUGCGCGAAAUGGCCAAGUCGCGGUUCAACGCCUGGAAGCAGUACGCCGCGACCAAGGUCAAGAGCAUACCGGUCAGCGAGCUGCUCGCCCACGAGAUCGAGAGCGUUCUGGACAAGUUCUACGGCUUCAUCCAGGACUUGACGGUGAAGCAAUGCGAGAACGACGCCGACAAGAUAGUCGAGAAAAUCGACGAGUACCGCAGGAACGCGGACAUGGACGAGGACUCUGAUCCGGACUCCUGUCCUGCCUCCAAGGAGUCCCUCAAGCAGAUCACGAAGCUGUUGAGCACGUCCGCCGGCAACACGUUCGACUUGUUAAUAAUGAAGCUAUCCAAGAUGGCGGAGAAGGAUUUCGCGGUAAAAAGUCUAAAAUUCAAAUAUCUCGAUGUCGUAAAACGGUGCUCCGAAUCGGUUCAGCUCGCUGCCUGGAUACAGAACGACCCGGAAACCGCCGCCAACAUCAUCCUGGACAUGUCCGAUUUGAAAGCCGAGAAGCCGGACAGCAAUCCCGAGCUGAAGAACCAGACAAACAAAAAGAAGAGGCAGUACUUCCUGCAGCGCUUGAAGGCUCUGAACCGAGCCUACAUGGAGUCCCUUCCGAAGGAGAGCAUCACCAGCGAAGAGUGGCUCGUCAUGCUGUACAUGCUGGACAACUUCGAGGAGAAGAUGAAGGAUUCCUUCACGAAAAUCAACCCACCAACGAAACCCAGUCAGAGUAACGAGGCGGAAAUCGUGGCGGCCAGGGGACUGAGCAAGAUAAUCGGCAAGUCCAGCGCCAAGCCGCCCAGCAAAGUCGAGCCCAAACCGAAGCGAGAAGAGAAACCAGAGAAACCAGUGACGGAAGAUAACAAGACUAGAAACGAAGUAGUUCUGUCGAAAUGCGAAGCCGUGCUGACCACGAAGGGGGAGAAGGCUCUACUGGACAGCUUCAACACGAUAAAGUCGUACAUCAGCAAGGGUAUACCGGUGCCGGAGAGUUACAAGCAGCACGUGGUCGCCAUCUGCUCGAACGUCGACGCCAAGCUGCUGGAUUGCGAACUGGUCGAGACGCUGAAGGCGGCCUUCGAGGACGGCGAGCAAAUCGUCCUCGAAACUCAGAGCUCCGAGGAGCUGGCCAAGUACUCGGCUCAGGCGCUGAGGAACGCGAAGCAGACCCUCAACGCCGUCGCCUUCAAGACGAUGCCCAAACCCGCGCAGAAAGCUGAUGGUGAGGCCUGCGACACCCCCAGGACGGACUGUAAGUGGACGAGCGACUGCGUAUGCGACACCUGCAGCCCGACCCUGGACGACACCGGCAGGAAGGCCUUCGAGAAAGCCAAGAAGUCCGUCGAGGAGUUCUUCGCUUCCAAGUACGGGAAGAAGCCGGUCGCGAAACCGCCGAAAGCCCAGCCGAAGGUCUGCGAGACGGCGAGCAGGCAGUCGCAUGUUUGUAAAGUUGGCCACAAUGCGAACGGAAACGGAAACGGGAAUUGCGCCGGUGAGGGCGCGGCCUCGGACCAGCCUUGCUCGUGCUGCUACUGCACCGUCUUCGGGCACGCGCCACCAUUGACGACUCCGGUCCCUCGGAAUUUCAACGAAACCAGAGAAAGGCUUCGUUCUAUAUUGAACAAGAAGAAACAGCAAUGCAAAUCGAAUAAUAGCGAAUCGGACAAUCCUGAGAGGAAGCAGGUCACGGGUCAGCCGCAGCCGGUCGAAACCCAAGCGGCGCCCAAACCAGCGAAGCCGGCGCAGCAGCCGACCCCAAAGCCACCCGCUUUACCAAAGACCCUCCCGCCGACUCUGCCCUCAGUACAAGCUCAACAGCAAAAGCGUCAAGCCGUCGAAGCUCAGCAAAAAGCUCUGACCGAGAAAAUGGCGAAGAUCACCGUCGACGAACAACCCGUGGUCAGGCCAAAGGUGAAUCCCCCGAUUGCUGUUAACACGGAAGGAAAGGUCAACCCUAACGCCAUGGAACAGAUCCGAUUGCAGCAACUGAAGCAGCACGCCCAGCACCCGCCAGCGCAGCAGAGCAAGCCGGAGCCCAUUUACGAUCUGCCGAUACACAACAGGCUAACGCUGACCCCGCAGCAGCAGCAGCAGAUCCGGCAGCAGCAACAGCUCCAGCAGCAGCAGCUACAGAUGCAGCAGCAGCUCGCGGCGCAGCAGCGGCAGCACGGCGCCGUGUCGCUGUCCAGUCGGGACACGAGCGUCUUCUCCACGUCCUCGGGCUGCUCCGGAGGGUCGUGCUGGCGCGAGUCCCGGCCUGAGGACACCCGGGACCUGGACGCGCUGCUGCAGUACAUCGAGGGUCCGAGCAGGAACGUGGACAGGGGGAAGAAGCGAGCCAAGAAGCAACGGCAAAAAACGAAAAAGUUGGAGACUCGUCUGAUGGAGGAGCAGGCCCGGCUGCACUUCGCGUACUCGUACACGUGCGGCGAGCGCGACGGGCUCAGCGUGUCGCUCGCCACCGCCGCCGAGCACGUGCGCGACGCGCGCCGCGCCCUGCAGCACUACCACUCCGUGCGCAGGAAGGGUAAGAAACAGAAGAUCAAUCCGGCCCAUCAGGCGAAGAUGCAACUGGUCACUGAAAAAAUCGGGGAGCUCACCACCGUCAUGAACACGACUGCUAAGGAGCUGCGCGUGGCAGAGAAGAAGAUGUCGGAGUACAGCCUCAAGCUGGAGCAGUGCGAGCGGCAGCUGGCAGAGGUGCGGGCCCUCGCGCCCCCCCAGCCCCAGGACGAAGAGACCCUCGCGGCGCAGAAGCAGCAGCAGCUCCAGCUGGAGAGGCAGCUGCAGCUCAAGGAACUGGAGAGGCAGAUGAGCGAGAAGCAGAAGCAGAACGACGCCUACAUCAAGGCGGCGGGGGCGGUCGGCGGGGGCGGGGGCGUGGUGUGCGUGCGGCGGUCCCCGGGCGACGGCGCCGUCACCCUCACCGUGCCCGCCGGUCACUCCGCACCGCACCGAACCACCCCAGCGCAGGUCCGGACCGAGCCGCCGGGGCGCGCGCCCGAACCGAAGCAGGCGCCGAAGCCCGAGGGGCACCGCAAGUUGACCUGGGAGCAGGCCAUAGCGCAGAUGAACCAAGUGGCCAAGGGCUCCAACAAGGAGAAGAAGAAGAACAAAGAAUCUCAGCUGAGCAAACAGGAGAGAGCGAAGGAAGAACAGAAACCCGAUAGGCUGGCGGACACGCAGCCGCUCUCUAAGAAGCAGAGGAGACUGUUGGCCAAGCAGCAGGUUGAGGAAGAAGAAAGGAAGGCUCUGCAGCAGAAACAACUCCAAGCCCAAAAAGAAGCGAAGGGCAAAAAGGGUGAAACGAGAAAGUCUGAAGCGCCCAAGCACGAGGAUAAGAAGCCAGAGAAGAAACAGGAGCCGGUCAAGAAGAAGGAAGAAAAGAAAGAGAAGAAACAACAGAGGGAUGCGGAAAAGAAUAGAGAUAGACAAGAGAAAACUCCGGCCCCACAGCCGUCCAAGGUCAACAACAAGCAAAAGGCUGCCACGCAACCAGCGCCGCAGGGCAGCAACAAGAAGGAAACUAAGAAGAGGGAGCAGCAAACACAGCAGCAGCCGAGGCAGCAAGUCAUCAACAUCACCGCUCACACAACGAUAGAGGCUGUUAAUAAGAAGGUGAUGGCUGCAUCGGAGCUGGAGAAGCCGCCGUCGUGCAGCAUCAUGGACCAGCUGAGCAGCGGAGUGCAGGUUGCCGAUCUGAAGCUCCCUCCCGGCAUAACCCUGACGCGCGUCCAGCCCAGCGAGAAAAGAGAACCCACUCCCAUCAAAUCUGUGCCGCUGUGGAAAGGAAGUCAGCUGGCCGCCACGCCCACGCCCAUCGCCCGCCCGCCGCCCCUCAUCACCGCGGACCCGUCGCUCAUGAUGUUCUCCACUAGCCAACCAGAAGCACCGUCUCCGCAAGCGACCAAGUCGAAGAAGUCCAAGAAGAAGGCGAAAAAGAACGCCACCGAACUUCCCGAGUCCCGGGACGGCACCAAAAUGGUAACGCUGAGGAACCCGAUGUUCCACCCGGACCUGCCGCCCGUGCAGAUCAGCGCCGAGCCGCAGCAGCAGAAGAGCGAGCUGCGGAUACCGGAGCCCAUACCCAUGCCGCCGGCCGCCUGCCAGGCAACCAUCACGCCCACCUCCAACGGGAUGUACACCAUCCGGAACCCGCUCAUGUCGAUGAUGCACCAGCAGCGCGCAUCCCACCCCCGCCCCGACCAGCUGCACGACAGGAUGCUCAGCCUGUCCUCCUUCACCCAGGGCAACGAUGAGGGGUACUCGCUGUUCAGGAGCAACGACGAGGGUAGGCUGAGGAGCUUCCCCCGGCCAGAGUCCAGGCUAGAGACGAGCCCCAACCCGAUCGGCACGCGCCCGGAGUCCAACGGCGCGUCUCUAUUCGCCAAUCAGCGCCCGGACCCGGUGCGCGCGGCGGACUACGCCGGCCCCCUCUACACGCCCUUCGGUCAGGAGGACGGGAAUCUGUUCCGGAACGCCCUCUUCACGGACUCGAGGGACGCGCCCGACCUCAAGGCGGACGACCCCGGACAGCACCACCUGGCCAACGGUGACUCGCUGCCGUACUUCCAGCGUCUGAGGGUCGGCUCGAAGCUGAACAGCGAAAUAUCCGUGCAUCACGUCAGCGAUUCCAAGUUCUUCAAGACUCCGGACGGGAGCCCUGUGGAGGCGGCGCCCCUGGACGACCCUCGCCACGUGUGGCCCGACGCGAUGUACCCGCACGCGCAGCCAGACGCGCCCCCCCCGGUCCCCCCGCGCGGCUUCGGUCCGGUAGGGCACCCCCCGCCCGGCGCGGGCCACGAGUCCAGCGUGUUCCUCCCCGACGCCUCGAUAACCAACUUAUCAUCGCUGGACCUGUCCGAAAGAGAAAUCGAGAGCUUCAAGCGCUUCGAGUUCUACUUCGAGCCGCCCCAGCACAAGCCGAAGGUCUGCCUGGACGUGAGGGACAUCGCGAACGCACUGAAACACAACAAACUCUAGUCGCUUACCGUCGCCCGCGCUGUCUGCACGUCCCGUGACGUUUUAAUAACUGACGCGACUCUUUAGAUGUUAAGUCGAAUGUUAUAAAUACAUUUCCAUGUAUCA